CCGCCAUCCCGCCCCUGUGUGAGCGCCAGUGAGGUGACCGCCAGUGAGGUUACCGCCCGUGCACCAGUCGAGUCGAGGUAUGCUUCGCACCCUCUCGCCACUAUGUCGGCGAUGCGCAAGCAAGACCCGACCGUUUCUGUCCAAUAUCGUGACAGAUCAUGAGAUUAGAACCACCACCACCACCACAUCAAAAUUGACGUCGACAGCAACAUCCACAGUCACACCCCUCACGCGACCUCAUUCCCUCAUCCACCGCCGCUUCCAGAGCCGCUUCACCCACGCCGCACCGCCGUCCCCCGCAGAUCUCGGUGUGCCCAAGGCCGCCUCCCACUACCGCAAAUCUCGCAAAUGGCUUCGUCGCCUCAUCCGCACCUCUCUCGCCGCCGCCCUCAUUCUCGGCAUCGACUCUCAAUUCUACGACGCCUGCCUGACGCGUAGUGUCCGCACCUUCUACACCGGCCUCCUGAUCGCCCUCGACUACAAACUGAAUUUCCGCGCCGACCCAUGGAUUGGCGACAGCGUGGAAGAUCUACACCACCGCAGCGCAGUGCGAGUCUACAAUCUCCUCCGCGAGAAUGGGGGAUUGUACUUGAAGAUUGGCCAGGCCAUCGCGAUGCAGAGUGCCGUCCUACCACCGGAAUUCCAAAAAAUGUUUGCGCGCAUGUUCGAUGAUGCGCCACAGAACGACUGGAAAGAGGUGGAAAAGGUCAUUCGAGAAGACUUUGGGGGAAAGAGCGUGGAAGAGGUGUUCGGUGUGAGUUUCCGGGGCGAGGAAGGGAAGGGCAUCAUGGAGAGGACGGCGAGGGCGAGUGCGAGUGUGGCUCAAGUUCAUUGGGCACGACUGGCGGAUGGAAGAGAGGUCGCGAUCAAAGUGCAGAAGAAGGAGAUUGCAAGACAGGUCGGAUGGGAUCUGUGGGCUUUCCGGGUCGUGAGCAGGAUCUACUCGUACUCUUUCGAUCUGCCUCUGUACCAUCUGGUGCCAUAUGUCUGCGAUCGCCUGCGCGCAGAAUGCAACUUUGAAUUCGAGGCCGACAAUUCGAGGAAAAUGCGGAGACUCAUCCAAGGCGAACCACGAUUGCGGGAUCGCGUAUACAUCCCAGAUGUCUACUCCGACCUCACCUCCCGUCGAGUCAUGACCGCCGAAUGGAUCGAGGGCAUCCGUCUGUGGGACAAGGAUGGCAUCACCGGUUCAUGGCAAGGCGGCUGGCGACAAGGCUCUCCAGGAGCCGGUGGCAGCCAACUCCCUCCCGUCCCUCAGGACCUCUACAGAUCCAUUCCCACUAACGAUCCCCAUGCCGAGAAACUAAAACCGUCUCGUGAUGCCUGGCGAGGGAAAGAUGGAAAAGGCGGUCUCGGCCUGUACCUCAAACCCGUCAUGCAAACCAUGGUUGACCUCUUCUCCGCACAAAUGUUCCUCUGGGGUCUCGUGCAUUGCGAUCCCCAUCCUGGAAACAUCUUCAUCCGCCGAAAGCCCAACGGCAAGCCGGAACUCGUCCUCAUCGAUCACGGACUAUACAUUAAAAUGGACCCUGCUUUCCGGAAGCAAUACGCCCUGUUCUGGCGAUCUCUCAUGACCUUUGACGACGCCACCAUCAAGCGCAUCACAAGCGAAGAAUGGGGCAUCAACGCUCCUGACAUUUUUGCCUCUGCCACGUUGAUGCGACCCUAUGAGGGCGGCGGAGGGAAAGUGAUGAAGGAGCUGAAUAGCAUAUCGAAGAAGGAACAAAAAGAAAGACGAUUCGAAGUGCAACAGAAGAUGCGUCAAGGCAUCCGAGACAUUCUCGCCAAUCAGGACAAGUUCCCGCAAGAACUCAUUUUCAUUGGAAGAAACCUCCGCAUCGUGCAAGGAAACAACCAAUUCUUGGGCUCGCCCGUCAACCGGGUCAAAAUCACGGGAUAUUGGGCCAGUCGUGCUCUGACCGAGGAUCCGGAUGCGACGACUCGUCAGCGAUGGGCCGAGUACGGCAGACAUGUGCUCUUCAAUUUUGUCCUGUGGGGUACCGAUUUGUGGUUUUAUUACGCGAAAUUCCGCCAGUUGUUGGGCGUAGGCAAAGGCAUGGAUGAUGAUAUCGAACAGAGCAUGAAGAAGAUGGCUGAAGGAAUGGGUGUGGAACUUCAACAUGGCGUCUUUGAUGGAUAGGGUAGGAGGGUGAGAGACCAGACGAGACCAGACGAGACCAGACUUGCUUACAUUGGGAAGCGGGAAUGAUGUAGGAUCUUCACAAGUACAAUGUUACAUAGGGGGUACCUUACCUACAAGUUAGGUAGAUUUCUCACUCACAAAUGUGACCAAGACCAAUAAAGGGUUACAAACCU